AUGAUGAUGAUGAGGAUGGUGAUGAAAAUGGCACUGUGGCUUCUUUGUCUUGGCCUUGCUGUGACCUACACUGCUGUUGCUGCUGCUGGACCAGGAAGCUGUGUGGGCCGUUGUGGCGAGGCUUUCACCAGAGGCCAGCAGUGUACCUGUGACUUCGGCUGCCUGCAACACAAUGAGUGCUGCCCAGACUUCCACGCUACUUGCACCGCUGCUCAGUCCUGUCAGGGUCGCUGUGGUGAAGCAUUUAGGCGCGGUCUGCUGUGUGAGUGUGAUCCACAGUGCAUCAAGUACAACACCUGUUGUCCUGACUACCAGCUACACUGCGAUGCCAGUGUGUCAGUUUCACACACCAGGACUUUCCAGCCUCUGAGGGCUGCAGCUUCAGGAAAACGGAAGCUAGGGAGGAGCUGGAAAAAAUCCAACAGUGAGAGUGAGGAAUGGUACACAGGUGUGGGUAACAUCCCUGUUGGUCGACUGCCGGUGUCCAUCCCCUCCACUCAUAGUGAAGUUCGAGCUUCACCAGCACCUGGCUCCUCUCUGCCCCGCUACAGUGCUCCAUCCCUGGACGGCAGUGCUCUUGUCAGUGCUGGUGAUGGAGCUGUUAAUGGCAAUGUCCACCUGCUGCUGUCGCCUGAAGGAGUGGCUCCAUCUGGGCCAAGUCAAGUAGUUCCAGCAGCAGCUCUCAGUGGCCCAGCUGGCUCCAGGCCCAGACCCAGCACCCUGCAGGAUAUAGCCCAGGCCUUGGGUCUCCCUGUGGUGGAAGGAGGAUCUGAGAGACCAGGGACAGGACUCCUUGCUGAUGUCAACCUAUGCAGUGAUUCUCCCAUUAAUGGACUGACAGCUCUCAGCAAUGGGACCAUACUGAUAUUUAAAGGUGAGCUGUUCUGGGCAGUGGACCCUGUCAGUCACUUAGUUGGUCGUCCACAGAGCAUCACAGACACUCUGGGUGUCCCGUCUCCCAUCGAUACUGUCUUCACACGCUGCAACUGCCACGGACACACCUACAUCAUCAAGGGAGACCAGUACUGGCGUCUAGAUGGGAACAUGGUGAUGGAGCCGGGCUACCCCAAACCUCUGGCCGCUGAGUUCCCAGGUCUGACAGGAAGCAUCAGCGCUGCACUGGCAGUACCAGCAACCACAAGUAGACCAGAGACUGUAUACUUCUUUAAGCCUGGAGACAUCAUGCAGACGUUCACCUUCCCACCAGGCAGCACUCCCUCCUGCAGCAUUAAACCAAGGAGCUCCUUGAACAGACGGCAGGCUGUUCUACUAAGUGGAGAGAUCAACAUCAAACUGUCUCUGAAGGGAUUCCCCACACCCGUCACCUCAGCUCUGUCCAUGCCCAGCCCUCUGAGGAGUGACCCAUAUGAGCACUACAUCUUCUCCGGACCUCUCUUCUUCAGCAUCCAGAUUUUAGGUGACCUGCCAGCACUGGCCAAACCUGACCCCUUGGCAGUCCUCGCACCCAUGCCCAUCCUCAGCCCUGCUGUCAUGGCUACCAACUCUGCCAACACGGCUGCUCAAAAUGCUAACCCUCCCCUUCCAGCCAACUCCAUCAGAGUCUGGCUGCGCUGUCCCUAG